AUUACAUUGACUUUUUUUUUAAUAUUAUUAUAUUAUAUCAUGGGGUCUAUAUUAUCUAAAGCAACAAAAACAGAAUCUAAUAUUGGUAUCAAACGACCUCGAUCAGAAAUUGAAGAGGAACAACCAACUAAUACAAACACCAAAACUAUAUCAACCAUCUCUACAACAACCACGACUACUGUCAAAAAGAGAUACAAGACAGCCAAAGAUAGAAAAGAACAUUUUGAAAAGACACGAGCAAGAAAAAAUGAUACUGAAGAAAAGGAAAAAAAGGUGGAACAAACUCGACCUGUUAAUACGAAUCCCAAUAAGGAACCAAGACAUCCCAAACGCAAAGUAGCUUUAUUAAUUGGAUUUUGUGGUACAGGUUAUCAAGGCAUGCAGUUUAAUCCUGGUGCAACCACGAUUGAAAGUGUAUUAUUUGAAGCUCUUGUCAAGGCAAACGCUAUCUCCAAAGACAAUUCUGAUGAUCCCAAAAAGGUACAUUGGGUGCGUACUGCUCGUACUGAUAAAGGUGUUCAUGCUGCUGGGAAUGUGGUAUCAGCCAAGUUACAGUUUCCUCAAUCCGAUCAAGAUAUGCUUUCUGCCAUCAAUCAACAAUUACCUGACCAAAUCCGUGUGUUUGGUUUUGUCGAUGUUAUGCGUUCAUUCCAUGCCAAGAAUAGCUGUGAUUCUCGUGUAUAUGAAUAUCUUUUACCUUCUUAUGCCUUCUCUGCUCCUGUGGCUAAAAUGUUGAUGGACGAACCCACUAGUGACUCGGAUAUGAAAAUCAUGAGUAAUGAUGGCUCCGUGAUCAAAUAUGUUACUCGAAGUACUGAUGAAGAAAUCAAGGAAAAGGAAUCUUAUCGUAUAUCGGCUGAUCAACUGGAGACAUUCAAAGAAGCAUUACAGAAAUAUAUUGGAACUCACAACUUUCACAAUUACACCGUGGGAAGAUCUGCUGUUGACAAUAGUUGUAAGCGAUAUAUCAUUGAUAUCAAGGUAGCCGAUCCUUUAUAUAUCGACAAUGUGGAAUGGAUUAGUGUGAAAUUACAUGGACAAUCUUUUAUGUUACAUCAAAUUCGAAAAAUGAUAUCUAUGGCUGUUCUUGUUGUACGUAGUAGAACUCCAUUAUCAUUGAUCGAAGAAAGUUUUGAACCUACCAAGAUCAAUAUUCCCAAAGCACCUGCAUUAGGCCUGUUAUUGGAAAAACCCGUAUUCAAUUCUUAUAAUAAUCGUAUCCAGCAAGGCAAGGUUAAUCAAAAGGCUCAUCAACCCAUUGAUUUUGAUAUUCACAAGGACACCAUUGACAAUUUCAAGAAAUCCUUUAUCUAUUCCAAAGUAUUUGAAGCUGAACGUGAAGAGCGAGGAUUUGAUACAUUUUUGACAUCUGUGGACAAUAGUUUUACCGAUGAUUUCAAGUAUUUGAAUCCAGAAGGCACGAUACCCGAAGAAUGUAUAGUUACAACUAGACAUACAAAGGAAAAUGAUUGAAGGAUUUAUGAAAUAAAAAAAAAAGAUAUAUAUUU